AUGUCUCCCACCUCUCCUGCACUUGUGUCCAUCAAGAACUUAAUCGCCUUUUCCAAGGAUUCCCUUAAAUAUGGCAAUGAUGACGUUAAAGUUAUAUACCUGAGAAGUAUACUAGAUUCUCCUUUGGAUCCGUUAAAUGUUGUAGCAGUUGGUGAGAUCAAGAAGCAAGUUGGUGAGAGCUUUAGUAAUACAGAUAUAGAACAUACGAUAUCAUUUGGUGAAAAAAGUGAAUAUUUAAAAUACAACACACAAGUUAGAGGUCCUUCAAAAGGGAACACACCUGUGGCUAUGAAAAUAAUGAAAAAAGCAAAUUAUUUGUCUUGUCUUGAAAGAGAAAGAGCUGUAUUGAAAGAACUUUCGAAGUUAGAAUCACCUCAUAUCCCCAAAAUCCUUUUUUAUGAUGAGAGUACUCUUGUUAUUACUCAUCUUGGUAAGAAAGUAAAUACGUUGCGAAAAACAGAUAUUAAAGAUAUAGUUUCCACCCUCGAACAUGUGCAUUCAUAUGGAUAUGUAUAUUGGGACCUUUGA